UAGGGGGCAGCAGCGAGCACUAAAUAACAAAAUAGCCGAAAAAGAAGAGACGUCAACAGGAAGGAGUAGCGCUGCUGCAACCUGCAACAUGGCAGGCCGACGGGCUCUGAAGGCUGUCCUCAUAGACCUCAGUGGGACUCUACACAUAGAGGACACUGCAGUGCCCGGGGCGCAGGACGCCCUCAACCGGUUACGGCAGGCAUCAGUAGCUGUGAAGUUUGUGACCAACACAACAAAGGAAAGUAAGAGAAACUUACUGGAGCGACUGCAACGACUUAACUUUGACCUCCAGGAAAAAGAAAUCUUCACGUCUCUGAGUGCUGCAAGGAGCUUGUUGGAACAAAAACAACACAAGCCGCUGCUGCUGGUGGAGGACAGCGCACUGGAAGACUUCACUGGUAUCGACACUUCGGAGCCAGACGCCGUCGUCAUUGGACUCGCUCCUGACCAUUUCAACUACCAAAGUCUCAAUAAGGCUUUCAGAAUGAUUUUGGAUGGAGCUCCUCUUAUUGCCAUUCAUAAGGCUCGUUACUACAAACGUAAGGACGGCUUGGCCCUUGGCCCCGGACCCUUUGUGACGGGCUUGGAGUAUGCCACAGACUGUAAAGCUACAGUGGUGGGAAAGCCCGAAAAGACGUUUUUCACACAGGCCUUGUCUGAUUUAGGAUGUAGCCCCAGUGAAGCCGUCAUGAUAGGAGAUGAUGCCAGAGACGAUGUAGGUGGGGCUCAGAAUGCAGGAAUGCUGGGUAUUCUUGUUAAAACAGGUAAAUAUAGAGACGGGGAUGAAAGGAAAAUUGACCCACCUCCUUACCUGACAUGCAACAGUUUCCCUGAUGCCGUCGAACACAUCCUACGGAAUCUGCUAUGAACUUCAAUGGAGAAUGAAACAUUUUGCACUAUCAAGCUGUUUAAAAUAAACGUCGUAGAUGUAAGUGAAUGCUCUGUGAAAAACAUCUUGUAAAACAAUAAUGUUGGCUCUGAAAAGCAAUAUUCAGAUGUUUGUUAAGAAGGUUCAAAAUUUAUUUGAUUAUUGCAA